AUGUAUAGUAUUAUUGUUCUUUUAGUAUUAUCCGGAGCCAUAGUCAACGCUAAGCCGUCCUUAAAAGAAACUGAUCCAGCUGUAAAAGAAUCUUUGGUCAAAUGCAAUAAGGAAUACAAUUAUACUCUUCAAGAUUUCUACGAUACCAUAAAAAAGAGCCAACCUGACUCAAGAACGAAAGAAUUUUGCUAUUGUUUUUAUCGAUCACUGGAAUUAAUUAAUGAUAAGGGGAUGAUAAACAUGAAUAAAGCGACAGAUUACAUUCGCCAUGAAUAUGGUAAUAAAGCAGAAGAUAUUAUAAAAAAUUGUUUAAAUCAAAAAGAUACUCCUGUUGAGACAUCUUUUGCAGUAAGGCUUUGUAUUUAUAAAAUCGUUAAUAUUUAG